CUGGACUCUGCUGCUUCUCUACAGGUAUAAUGUUGUCUUUCUGCCUUCUGGCCUUGGUUCUUCCCAUGGUGAGGACGGAUUUGUAUCAUGAUGAAACACUAGAUGCUGAGUGGGACCUGUGGAAGAGGACCUAUCACAAACAGUACAAUGGGCAGAUGGAUGAACUCCAGAGACGUCUGAUCUGGGAGAAAAAUUUCAAGAUGAUCACCUCCCAUAAUUUCGAGUACAAUCAGGGGCUGCACACGUAUGAAAUGGCCAUGAAUCAGUUAGGAGACAUGACCAGUGAGGAGGUUGUGAGGACAAUGACUGGCCUGAAGAUCCACAAACGCAACAAGCCAACCAACCUCACAUUUGAGCAUGACAAAGCACCAGAGAAGGUCCCUGAUUCCAUUGAUUACAGGAAAAAAGGAUAUGUCACCCCAAUCAGAAACCAGGGUUCCUGUGGUUCCUGUUGGGCCUUUAGCUCAGUUGGGGCUCUGGAAGGGCAACUGAAGAAGAAAAAAGGUAAAUUGGUGGUACUUAGUCCUCAAAAUCUGGUUGAUUGUGUCAAAAAGAACGAUGGAUGUGGAGGAGGCUACAUGACCAAUGCCUUUGAGUAUGUUCGAGAUAACAAGGGGAUUGACUCGGAGAAAGCAUAUCCAUAUGUUGGAGAGGAUCAGGAAUGUAUGUACAACGUGUCUGGAAGAGCGGCCGCGUGUAAAGGUUACAAGGAGGUCCAAGAAGGCAAUGAAAAAGCAUUAAAGAAGGCAGUGGCAUUGGUGGGGCCUGUGUCAGUGGGUAUAGAUGCCGGUCUCUCCAGCUUUCAGUUUUACAGUAAAGGCGUUUACUAUGACAAGGAUUGUAGUGCUGAGGAUAUAAACCAUGCCGUCCUUGCAGUGGGCUAUGGAACGCAAAAGAAAGCCAAAUACUGGAUUGUAAAGAACAGUUGGGGCGAAGAAUGGGGCGAUAAAGGCUACAUUCUAAUGGCCAAAGACAAGGGAAAUGCCUGUGGAAUUGCAAAUUUGGCCAGCUACCCCGUCAUGUGAUUGUCUGCCUGGUGGAAACCAGAAUUGCUCCAGUAUAAAUAAAAGAGCAGCCAGACCGGUUCUUCUUCAUGUUCCUCCCUUUCCUCUGCACUGACGUCUUACAUGUUUAUUACUUUUAUCUUUAUCCUGUACCAUCACAUGAUCCAUGGCAAGCUGCCCACGAGAUGUUUUUAUCUCACCUGUUCUUACAGUCACGAGGAUACUCACACCCACUGUAGUCUCAUGCAGAGAGAUAUAACACAAUCCUGCACUACAUCCACUGAGCUGUUAAAUGCCAAUACCAAAUAGAAUUCCAAUAAUAUUCGGAUGUCUAGCAACACAGAAAGUCAUAGUGUGAGACCGGUGGGCAGAGGAAUACUGUUCUAUUAACUAACAAAUCCAUUGGUAUAAAGUACAGGGUUAUAGUGUAGGGCUGGAUUCACCUUUCAUGCUGCUCUAGGGAACUUAUACUACAGUAUGUUCUCAUAUUCUCACUUUCUGCCUUGAGCCAGUGAGGGAAUCCCUGUUAUCCAACGCACUGUGUCUGCUCUGAACAAAAUACAUUUGUUGCUUAAACCAACCUUCUCCCUUACCUGCCCCCAGCACAAUUGGCAGACACAGGUAAUUAAUAUUGUAACCGUAAAUAUUGUAACAAGAGACAUUGGAGGCCACCCUUCUAAAGAACUGCGGUUGCAAGAGAUCAUUAAACAUAUACAAACAG